CAACUACUUCUUUUUCUAACAAUACUUCUUUAUUUAUAGAUUUUUUCAAUCAAAAUUCAUCUUUACAAACUUCUACAUCUCCAAUUGAUAUAGAAAUAUCUCUUUAUUCACAACUUACUCCUCUUUCU